AUGCUGGAGUGGCUUUUCGCAUCUAUGAUCUCUGUGGCGUGUGGAUGGCCAGCACAACCAAUAAAGCAACGUCAUCGAAAGCAACAGCUCCAAAGCCCGGGUGUGCAUUUCGCGAAAGUCAACGAAACGGAGGCUCUUAAAGGUGGCCUGCAGAAACUACUUCCAUUGUGGAGUCCAUCAAAUAUUUCUGAUUUGAUUGGUAUGGGUGCAGUCUACUACCGGCCGCCAAAAGCACGCCUUUUCGAACGCUUGGGUAACACCCUUUGGCCUGCAGACUCACAGGAAAGGGCACUGGUUCAGGACACCUUGAUUGAGAGAGGAGCUGAGCUACGCGUGCAUACAGAGCCAAAGCGCUACCCCACCUGUGAGCACUUGAGUCUGGAAGCCUGGUAUAGCUGCAUCAGUCACAGUGACGAGGACUACGUGGUCGUAGACAAGCCGUCAGGGGUGCCGUGUGCACCGCAUGUGAGUAACGGACGAGAGUGGCUCGUCCCUUUUGUGGCUGCGGCUCUAGCUUCCAAAAGGCGCCAUAAAUAUCAAUCUCGAGCGCCGCUCACCCCAUGCCAACGUUUGGAUGUUCAAACAUCAGGCUUGGUGGCGCUUGCUCGUAGCCCAGAUGCUGCUCGAUCCUUCCAGCAGCUCUUGCUGGAUGGGCAAGUGCAAAAACGCUACAGAGCCUUGGUUUGCUGUCAGAGUGAGCAGCAACUUGAAGUGAACCAGCAGUUGAUGCAUAAAAUAUCUGAUUCUGUCUUUGGAAAGCCGGCGCCUCGGCUUAUUGCGCCAAUGGAUGCGGCAGUAGGUGGCAGCGGCCAUAAGUGGCGAGAUGCUAGAGCAACCAUCCUUUCGAUCAGAACAAGCCCAGGAUGCAAGGAACUAACAGAGGUUGAGAUUCAGCUUCACACGGGCCGAACCCAUCAACUUCGAGCACAGCUGGCCGCAAUUGGGUUUCCAAUUGUGAAUGAUUGUCUUUAUGGAAAGAUGGCCAACUUUAUCUGGAAGGAUGCGUCUGACGACCAGCUUGCUGCAAGCCUCGUCGAAUGUUGUGCGAAAGAGGCGAAGGAGGCAUUGGAGUCGUCGCUUGCACUGCAGUGUAGCGACCUGAGCUUUCGAGAUCAAAGAUUUCAAGCUGGCGCUCCUUGGUGGAGAAAAGGUUUGCAAGAAGUUUGGCUCGAGAUUUAUCCUAUUUGCUGA